AUGACAGCGGUGGAAAGCACGGUGGUGGCCCACCCGGACGAGUCGGACUUGGCGGAUUUGGCCAAGCCUGGCACUGUUAUUACGACGGCGGGAUAUGCCAAUGCCGCAACACAAACAACAGAAGAUGAGAUCAUUACUCUCCAGGACUUUAUGCAAAAAAGGGGCAAGACGGCAGUUGGCGUUGUUCUAAUUGCACUAUAUUCUAUCUUCCUCCUUCUUAUGGUCGCAGCAUACAUACGAUGCUACGUAACUAUUCAAUACAAUCCCGGGUUUGUGCCGUGGACAGCCGAAAGGGAGGCCAUCGAACAGGAGCGUAACCAACGAGCGAGCAACGGAGCCGAGGUCGAAACACGAUCUUGGGCCCCUCGAGACGACGAACCCGACAGCCCCGGUCUUGAGGCGUUCUACAGCAAAGAUAUCUUUGUUUGCGAACUCGACGGUUUCCCUAAGUGGUGCUCCGAAUGCAGAAACUGGAAGCCUGACCGGGCGCAUCAUUCUACCGAGUAUAAUUAUUGCGUGUACAAGAUGGACCACGUCUGUCCUUGGAUGGGCGGCAUCAUCUCGGAAACUUUAACUAAUGCUUCAGCAGCCUUUAACUUCUUUAUACAAUUUUGCUUCUACUGCGCUUGUUUUUGCAUAAUCAUCAUUUCUACCAACGGCUACCUUACUAGCCUACGCCUACAAGAAGACAAAAGCAUCGAUGCACGGCUCAUUGUUGGUCUGGCUCUCGGUGGUCUUUUCGGCUUGUUUACCAUGACCAUGACAGUCACGGCUUUAAGAUUUGCUUUUCAAAACAUCACCAACGUCGACUUGUACAGGAAGAGCCAGACCUUUCGACUGGCAGUUCGGAUUCCGACAGAGACUCCUCCAAAUGAUCGAUUCAACACCAUUACCUACCCGCUAGAAAGACCUGGAGAGGGUCCCAGGGCCCCAGAGGCAGCUCAUACCAGUGGGAUGACACAGGUGAAUGGCGCUGCGUCCGCACGGGCAAGCGCAAUGGCGGCUAGAGACCAGCAAGCCAGGCGGACAUUUGCUAUCCUCCAGGCAGAACCUGGAGAGAACCCAUGGCACUUGGGUUACCUGCAAAACUUCAAAUCAGUCAUGGGAGACUCGAUCAUCGAGUGGCUUCUACCCAUCCGCCACUCGCCCUGCAGCCGCCAUGAUAGCAUGGUGAGCGACUACCAGUUUGGGCCACUGGUGGAGGAGUUGAAAAGACGGUAUGGACUUGAAGGGAUUGACCCCGAGAAGAGGGCAGCGGCUAUGACUUCGAAUUAG